UAACUAGGAAGCCAUGCUCAUGAUCUACAACUUGGAGCUACUAAGUUAAUUUGUUUUUUUCUGGACCCCUUUCUUAUCAGGAAAGAUGGAUAUUCCACUACCUUUGAACAAAUUAUCUUUGGGAACUAUAGAUCAAGAUAGCCCAUCAGAUGGUGUAACCAAGAACCUUAUUUAUGUGGUUCUCUUAGCAACUGGAAGUUUCAAUCCUCCUACUUAUAUGCACUUACGUAUGUUUGAAUUGGCUAAGGAUGCAUUGAAUUCAGAAGGUUAUUACGUAAUUGGAGGCUACAUGUCACCUGUGAACGAUGCAUACAAGAAGACGGGCCUUAUAUCUGCUGAACAUCGGAUUCAGAUGUGUGACCUAGCUUGCAGAAGUUCUUCAUUCAUAAUGUUGGAUUCAUGGGAGGCAAGGCAAAGUAGCUACCAGCGAACUUUGACUGUUUUGGCUCGAAUCCGGAGCUGCUUGUCUGAGAGUGGAUUGAUUUCCAGAGAAUCCCUCAGGGUCAUGCUUGUAUGUGGUUCUGAUCUACUUGAAUCUUUUAGCAUCCCUGGAGCUUGGAUCCCUGAGCAGGUCAGAUCCAUCUGCAGUGACUAUGGAGUAGUAUGCAUAAGGAGAGAAGGAAAAGAUGUUGAGAAGAUCAUAUCUUCCAAUGACAUUCUAAAUGAAAAUAAGGACAACGUCAAAAUUGUGGAUGAGCUGAUACCAAAUCAAAUCAGUUCAACAAGAGUAAGGGAAUGCAUAUCAAGAGGAUUGUCUGUGAAAUAUCUUACGGCCGAUGAAGUGAUUGACUACAUCAGGCAAGAGCAUCUAUACUUGAACUCGAACAACACAUGAUUCUCAAUGGAAUCAAUUUCUUGGCCCUUUUUCUAAGGAUGAGUGGUUCUGUGAUUU